CGAAGCAGCAACGCAGAAUCCAAACUCCCUCUCGAUAAAUUGUGUGGAGUGUGGGUGCAGGUACAAUGCUGGGGGAAACUGGAUGUGUGUGGUAGACAAGGCAAAUUGAUGAUGCCGCCCAGAUAAUGGGAUGGUGUGUAUGAAACCAGUUGCACAGAGGGAGGUAGGUGUGGGUACCAAGGGCAUAGUCAAAUGCCACUUUCAAAGUCUCUAUGUUUGAUGACUGGCAGUUCCUAGCCCGAUCCGGAAAAAGUGGUUAGCUGGAUAGUGAUUCGAUGAGAUACCUAUCCUUUGUCUCUGAGCGAAGGCUGCCCUGUGAAACAGCUACUUGAACUGAUCCUAGUUACCCGGACAAAGAAGGGCAUGGAUUUGGAGAUGAUAGGGCUUUGUUGUCCAAGACCUAAAAUAUACACCUCAUCAUCAAUCGGGUAGCUACCUUGCCUACUUAACUUGCCUACACGAGCUCAUAAUAAUCCAGACAUUGGUCAAAACUGCCCCUCACACCGGAGUACCGAGUUUUUCUCUAACCUGCCAUAAUGGCAUCUCCGAACGACAGCACAAUUCGCGAUGAUUCCGGCUUUGUGGGCGUCCAACGCUCUACAGAUACACCUUUUGGCGAGAAGAUCGAAGAGCGAGGGUGGAAAAACAUGACACUGGGAGCCUUUCCACUCGAGCGGCCCGAGGUGGCCGAAAGAGAAGCUUACAAAAACGAAUCGCCUGUUACCAACAAAUCCCUCAUCUGGCUACAAGCUCGUCCCAAGGGCUUUGUUUUGAUCCGUUGGUUUACUCUCCCGAAGUACAUGACCAAAAAUGGUGUGAUGGUAGGGCUGUUCCACUCUGUGGACAAACCUGAGGAGCAGGUGGUCAUCAAACAGGUGCUGGGCAAUAUCUCGUGGCGAUUGUCGAGCAAUGUCAACGGAAUCAUACCAGAGAUUGAGUACAUGACUUUGGACGACCCUGCAGCGUACAAAUCGCUAGAAUAUGACCCUAUUCUGUAUCCAAUCUCGCAGAUGUAUGCAGUUCAGAUACAUGAUUACGGAACCAGACCCGACAACGACAUAAAGAACUGGCACGGAGACUCACAGUCAACCAUGUUCAUGAAAUACUACAAUGGCGGCUCGCUCAGGGAGCUCCUGGAGAAUUACAAGAAAGGGCGCUUGUCUAAAAAUUCGGAGCGUACAGGAGCCGAGGAUGUCCCCGAGGAAUUCAUCUGGCAUUUCAUCGCCCAAGUCGGGCGGGCUUAUGCCUACUUGCACACAGGCCAUGUGAAAUCUCCAGAGGAGAACCUCCGGAAUAACAACCACUUGAAGCCCGACUUGAAGCAUCCAACGUUGAAAGAUUGGGUCUCGAUUGGCCACAAUAACGGCCACUUACACAAUAUUUGGCUGCACUACCCUUCUGCUGAAGAAAAACAAAAAGACCCACGACUCGAGAACUUUAACGCCUGUUUCCCACAGAUUCACCUUGCAGACUUUGGCCUGGCGUGCGACGUGAAACAUGAUGUUCACGGUGAAUACAAGGCAAGGUUGAAAAAGCUUCCAGAGCCGGGGACGUGGUUUGACAAGAUGUAUUUCGGUGUGAUGCUGAAGACACUGUUGACUAUCUCUGAAAAACGCAUUAAAGCGUGGGGUCUGGGCAGAGAGCUAGCCUUUCACGUUGCCGAACGGGAACAAGCCGGCGAUGAGAUCAAAUUUCCCUUUACCAAACUCGCAACCUCCAAGAAGUUGCGAGCAAAAUACAGCGGAGAACUGCUUGAUCUCGUGGGGAAGUUUGAGGAUAUGUAUGAUUUCGCAGCCGAAGAAUACGACAACACGGCGGACAUGAAGGAAGCAACAUGUGCAUGGUGGACCGAGUUUACUCAAACCAAGAAGGUACAAAGAGAAAGACGCUGGGAGGAAUGGCCCAGCAACGACUGGCUUUACGGACAUGUCAUUGCGUUGGCCGACUAUAAACUGGAUCAGCAUAGAAGGGCGAAGGACAAAAGGGAUCGCCCGGUCAUGUGGACCAUGGGCAUCAGGGGCGGGAUGCCUUAUCGGGCUUAUGACCCGCAGCGAUGGCCUUUCACUGCUACCCAGGACUUUCAGCAAGCUCACAUGGCUCUCGCCGCGAUUAGGGUACACACGUUUCCUUUUUGGCCUUCCCGGUCGGCUGUUAUCAUGGUUAUGGAAGCCCGCGGUGGGAAGUACAAAGACCUCGUCCGAACAAUUCACCGGCACAACAAAAGAUUGAAUGACCGACGAAAACUGCUCAAAAUAGCCGAGAAGAACUACAUGUAUCCGUUCAUGAACAACUUUUAUGUGAAGCCGCUGAUCACCGCCCCCCAGGCCGGGACGUCCACACCUUCGCAUGCACAUCAGUCUUCAAGCCCACAACAGUCUGGAAGGUCACAGCAGUCCUCGAGCUCGCACCAGUCAUCAAUCCCAACUGUGAGCACCAACUCCCCGCUUAGAGAUGCUGCCAUCGUGGCCCGAGUGAACAAGCCAGUCUGGGAACUAUAUCCCUUCAUUGCCAGGGAGCUUAGUACUCUCGACAUCCUGAGAUCCCGCCAGAUCGACAUUGCCACACGUGGGAAUCUUUCCGACAUUGAUAAGAGAACACUUGCCAUUGUGGACAAACAGCUGAAGAAUAUUUUGGCGGCGAUAUGGUCUUUUUGGGCGGAGGUGGAGCGCAGAAAGGUCAAGCACCUACAGGAGGAAAAGCAUCAUGAAAAUUCCACUUUUGAGGGUAGGAAGGCUGAUUAUAGCUUGGCUCAUGUUUACAACAAGAGAAACAUAAACACCCAAAUCGGCAUGCAUCACGAGUUCGACCGCAAGCAUAACGACACCAUCCGUAGGAUUGACAAUGAAGUUCAAUUCUUGGAAAGCCUCAUGAAGUGGUGGAAGGACCAGAUAUCGUUCAUCAACAAUCAACAAUUCACAGAGGGUGGCACUGUGCCUGUGCACCGUGAUUCCAAGAGCAAGCCCGAUCUUUACGAUGAGUGGAUGUUAGAGGCCGAGCAGGAGCAGUCAAGCUCUGCCGAUCCUGAUGGGAAAUCCACGAUCCUGCCAGACUCGAAUGACCCCUCAUACGAAAAUAGGGCACUUGACCGCCUGGAAAAAUACUGCGAAUACAUUUUGAGAACAGGGUUCUUCGAAAACCCAGACAUGACCCUCAAAGAUGUCACAAACCUGCCGGCAUUUUGGGCAGCUGAUGAUACGAUACUACUCGAAGCAGAACGAGCUGCAGAAAACUCCUUUGUUGAUGGAUUAUCGAUGCCGGCUGACGAGGAAUCUGUCACAACUCUUAGAAACUUGUUUAAUGCGCCGGGCGACCUGAACGACGGGAGAAUGGACCAGACUAUUCAAGACAAUAUAGAUGCUGCUGAGGGGAACUCGUCAUACAUUGAUUCCAGUGUGAGGCGCUCCACUCCCACGACGAAGGGAAUUCCGCUGGCCGAGUACUACCGCAAGCUCUAUGCCGGUGAAAACCCUUGGGCUGGAGAGGAAGACGCUGGCGAUGGCGAUGACGCUCCUACGAUGGCGAAGAUGUCGAGCGUCAUGACUCUCCAGGUCCUGAGCGAGGAUGAAGAUGGCGGAACCGAUACACUGUCUAGAAAUUUGAAUAUUCCCACAAGUCAGGGGAGGUUGGUGGCACAAACUCUGCCUGGAAGGUAUCAGGACACCACGUUACCGAGCCAAAGACCAAAAACGUCUCAAACCAGGACCAUCACCCACAGCGUUGAUUCAGCACUGGGCCCAGCUCCUGAGAAAUUCCGUCAAGGUCCUAGACCAUGGACUUCACUGGAUGACUUUAUGCGCAGUGGAAUGGAAUCUCGUCUUUUCGGUCCAUUGCCUGUACAAACUUUUGAUCCCAAGCGGUAUAUACGAGCAUGGCAUCUGAGGCUAGAGGGCGAUAGCACACCAGAGGAGUAUGUGAGGAAUGGAAUGGACAAGGCCAUACAGCACGCGAUACGGGUGGAGGAGGAAUUACAAAAUGGGGCUUGGGAUGAUGGGGCUCUUUUGCCCCCUCGUUUCAUCACCCAGCCCCAUACUUCGGGCUCUCUACGCGGGUCUGUGCUUCUUUAUAACGGCAAAAUUCACACAAUCGGCCCCAGCAACCGGGUAGUCUCCAUUUUGGCCGUCAGAGAUGGAUACAUUGCAUAUACUGGUGACGAUUUACCCGAGGCCGAACGCACUUUGUCACAGUCGUCCUCUCCAGUCAGGAAAAUCAACCUCCGACGUCGAGUUGCGGUACCGGGGUUAAUAGACUGCCAUAAUCACAUUGUUCUCCUCGGAAACAGACCCGGUUACCAUACCCCUCUGGAGCUGUCCUUGUCGGUUGCUGAUGUGAAAGCAACAUAUCAGCAGCGUGCAAAAGGGGUGCCAAAGGAUGGGUGGAUCACAACCAUCGGUGGCUUUUCUCCCAGUCAGCUCAAGGAACAGAGACUCCCUACGUUGGAGGAGCUGGAUAGCGCAGUGAACGACAACCCAAUCUUCAUCUCCACAUCCUUUUCUGGUCCGGCUACCACAAAUACAAAAGGCAGAGAGAUCUUGGAAAGAGAGGCUAGCGUGGUGAUAGCGACGAAUGGAAGUAUUGCAUCUGGACUGGAAAAUGGAAAAGCGCUGUUGUGGCUGAGGCAGAACUUGUUGGGGUUUGAGGAGAGGAAGAGGAGCGUGAGGAGUGCAAUGGAGUAUGCAGCCAGCGUCGGAGUGACAACACACCUGGAUCAAGGGGCCUUCAGUGCGACCAACACAUCCUCGGACGGUGCUGCCUCAGAAGAUCUGUAUACCUUUCAUCUUCCCUGGCUCUCGGUGUACAAUGACCUCGACGGCAUCAUCCGGCUUCGCAUAAACUUCCUUCACGAUGACACAACGACAGAAAACCCUACUCUUGUAGAGCGCCUGCGCAACACGUUCCCUUUUUUUGGCAAUGACAUGAUGCGUACCGGUGCCAUCGGCGAGUUCGCCGUCGGGAUCGCAGACUACGCCGGCGGGCCCGUCUUUGAAGCUGCCGCCCUUAAAAUAGCCAAGGCAGGGUGGCGGCUGGAGGUACAUGCUCUUGGAGAAAAUGAUCUCAAAACACAGCUAGAGAGCUUUGAAAAGGUCGACGCCGAAGUCUCCAUCAAAAAUCUACGCUGGGUUGUCGCCCAUGUGCCAAGGAUCUCGACAGAUUCUCUCAGAAGACUAAAGGCAUUAGGGGCGGGUGUGAAUGUUUCUGGCUGGCUCUACCUUUCAGGGACAGGUAACACAACAAACCCCGCCGGACCUCCUUUUCGAAGAAUCCUGGACAGCGGAAUCCGUGGAGGGUUCGGUCCUGAUGGGGCGAACAUUGCUCCCUUGAGCCCGUGGCCUCAUGCGUAUUAUGCAAUUACUGGAAAAAAUGCCAAAGGAGAGGUCAUCAACCCCGGCCAGUCAAUCAGCAGACAAGAAGUGCUGGAGCUCUUUACGAAACACAACACUUGGUUCUUAGGUGGGCCUGACGAGCAUAGCUUGGGUAUUCUCGAGACAGGAAGGCUGGGUGAUGUAGCAGUGCUUAGUGAGGACUACUUCACAAUUCCGGAGGAAAGGAUCAAACAGUUGAGAAGUGUGCUGACGGUAGUUGGAGGAGUGGUGGUAUGGGAUUCAGGGGAAAUUUGAUGUAGCAUGCUUGUGUGCUAGGUAGGAGAUCAACAAUAUUCAACUUUUAUUCAAGAUCAGCGCAAUGAACAGUUAC